AUGGAUGUCCUCGCAAAUGUCACUAGCUUUGCCUCGCCGCUUGCAGAUGCAGAUUUAAAGAUUCAGGCCGCCCAUGCAUCAGGUGUGGUGGGAAGAGUGCUGGCACAGGUCAAUGUCUGGACUGUGCUGUUUACAAUCCUGCUGAUACUGGUGACCUACGAUCAAUGGAGCUAUCAAUGGCGGAAAUACGGUAUCGUCGGCCCGGCCUGGAAAAUGCCCUUCAUGGGACCGUUUCUCGAAUCAGUGCACCCUGAUUUCAAAAAGUACAAGCAGAAAUGGGAGAGUGGGGAGUUGAGCUGUGUUUCAGUCUUUCACAAAUUCGUUGUCAUUGCUUCAACACGAGACAUGGCCCGAAAAGUAUUCAACUCACCCGGUUUCGUCAAGCCCACCGUUGUCGACGUCGCUCCCAAACUUCUUCGACCCACCAACUGGGUGUUCUUGGAUGGCAAGGCGCAUGUCGAAUACCGCAAAGGAUUGAACGGUUUCUUCACCCGUCAAGCGCUGGAGAUGUAUCUACCCGGUCAAGAGGAUGUCUACAGCAAAUAUUUCAAGAACUUUCUGGACAUGUCCAAGGAAAAUGGCAUGAAACCAAAACCCUGGAUGCCCGUGUUUCGAGAACUGAUGUGCGCUGUAUCCUGUCGAACCUUUGUCGGACAUUACAUGAGCGAGAAGGCGGUGAAGAAAAUUGCGGUUGACUACUACCUCAUUACUGCUGCUUUGGAGCUUGUCAACUUCCCCAUCAUCAUCCCGUUUACCAAGACGUGGUAUGGGAAGAAAGCGGCUGAUAUGGUUUUGGACGAAUUCUCCAAGUGCGCAGCAAAAUCCAAGGUCCGCAUGGCUGCCGGUGGCAAUGUCACCUGUAUCAUGGAUGCUUGGAUCAAGCAAAUGCAAGAUUCGGCCCAGUACUGCGAGAGAAUCAAGAGGGGGGAACAAGUGGACCAGUCCGAGAAACCGCCCCAAUUGCUUCGAGACUUCACCGACUUCGAGAUUGCUCAAACCAUCUUCACCUUGCUGUUUGCCUCUCAAGAUGCCACGUCAAGUGCAUGCACAUGGCUAUUCCAGAUCAUGGCGGAUCGACCUGAAAUCCUAGACAGGGUUCGAGAAGAGAAUCUGAGACUUCGAGGUGGUGAUCGGAACAAACCCUUUGACAUGGACAUGCUGGAAUCCAUGGUGUGGACGAGGGCCGUGGUCAAAGAAACCCUACGAUAUCGACCUCCAGUCAUCUUCGUGCCAUACGUGGCCAAGAAGGAUUUCCCCAUGACGGACAACUACACCUUGAAGAAGGGAUCCAUGGUCAUUCCCGCUAUCUGGCCCGCCACUCAUGACCCCGAAGCUUAUCCCAACCCCGACAGCUUCGAACCGGAAAGGUGGAUCACCGGAGAUGCUGAGAAGCAAGUCAAGAAUUGGCUGGUGUUUGGAACAGGACCUCAUUACUGCCUUGGUCAAACGUAUGCUCAACUGAAUUUGAUGGCCAUGAUUGGUAAGGCUAGCAUCUUGAUGGACUGGGUGCACGAACCUACACCCAUCAGUGAAGAUAUCGAAGUGUUUGCCACGAUUUUCCCCCAGGAUCAUUGCAAGCUGACGUUCUCGGAGCGACCAUGA